AUGGAUUUUGCAAAGCUGAUAGCUAAAAAUACGAUAUUCAUUAUAUCAACGAGCAAAUGUUACAUGUGCUUCUUAGUGAAGAGCUUGUUGGUGUCAUUGGGAGUUAACCCAAUGGUUUUUAAGGAGGAAGAGGAGGAGAAAAGCUCUGUGUUGAUGAAGCUAUCAAAGAUGAAUGAAGGUUUCAGCAGUAGUACUGGAGGACCGUGGGAUUUACCAGCAGUGUAUAUAGGAGGAAAGUACUUAGGAGGUUUUGAUAAAGUGAUGGAGAGUCAUGUAAAGGGUGGAUUAGUUCCCAUGCUUAAGGAAGCUGGAGCUUUAUGGCUUUGA